AUGGCGGAUGCCGAACGGAUUAGCGGCGGCUCGGUAGAUAACCGUCAGGAAGGUUGCGUCCCGUCGACCGGAGGAAGAGAGAUGGCGAAUUUUGCUGCCCAGACUGUCGAAGCGCGCCGAUGCGACGACGGUCGGGAAGAAACGGCGGGUUUACAGCGCGCCGAUUCGACCACCGUUAGCAGUUCACUUAAAGGGGAGAAAGGCAAAGGAGAGCAGCGCAGUGGCGGAGACGAGAGAAGUGCGGAAGGAGCGGGGGCGAGAAGCGCGGACGGUGAUGGGUCUGCCGUGCGGAAGCCUACGUGGCAGGAGCGUAGUGGCCUGCGGCAUCGCUCGGGAUCCAAGGGACCCUCGAAGCGCGUGCUGAAGCGAGUUGAAGCCCCCGACGGCGUGAUGGCAACCUACGACGACGCGUUUCUGUUCGGCCGCAUCCCCCUGCCCAUGCGCCUGCGCGCCAUGCUCUCCAAAGGCCCCCUUGCGCGCCUCUUCCAAAUCCUGGACGUGGUGGCAACACUAGGGUCGGUCACCCUCUAUGUCUGGCAAACGUACCAUCCGAACAUGAGCCUGGAGUGGAUGGUCACUCUGCAGACGCUCUUCAGCUCCUUCUUUCUCAUUGACUACGUUAUCAACAUCUUUAGCGCGUACUCAUGGGUGCAGUAUGUGGUGUCGUGGCAGGGUAUCCUCGACUUCAUCUCAUUGCUGCCUCUCCUCCUCAUCCGCCUGAAUCGCCAUGCAGGCACCAGCAACGGUGUGCGGCUGCCUCAGCUCCUCACCUUCCUCCGCGUCAUCCGCACCAUAUCAAUCGUGAAGGCGGCUCUCACAAUGCGCAAUGCCAUUGUUAAAGAAAUGAUAGCCCUUGGAUUCACCAUCUUCACCGUCUCCCGUCAGUUACCUCUUCAGGCCUGCUCCUACCAUUAUUGCACGAAUGCCCUCUCCCUUUUCGCUCUUUCCUCCCCUCCGUCUUCUCUGCCUCGUCCCUUCCUCCCCUCUCUCUAUCCUCUCCGUCUUCUCUGCCUCGUCCCUUCCUCCCCUCUCUCUAUCCUCUCCGUCUUCUCUGCCUCGUCCCUUCCUCCCCUCUCUCUAUCCUCUCCGUCUUCUCUGCCUCGUCCCUUCCUCCCCUCUCUCUAUCCUCUCCGUCUUCUCUGCCUCGUCCCUUCCUCCCCUCUCUCUAUCCUCUCCGUCUUCUCUGCCUCGUCCCUUCCUCCCCUCUCUCUAUCCUCUCCGUCUUCUCUGCCUCGUCCCUUCCUCCCCUCUCUCUAUCCUCUCCGUCUUCUCUGCCUCGUCCCUUCCUCCCCUCUCUCUAUCCUCUCCGUCUUCUCUGCCUCGUCCCUUCCUCCCCUCUCUCUAUCCUCUCCGUCUUCUCUGCCUCGUCCCUUCCUCCCCUCUCUCUAUCCUCUCGCUCCCUCCGCUUCCCUCCGCACCACCAAUGCAGUGCUGGUGGGGGCGGGCAUAUUCCAGUACGUGGAGUAUUGGGACACAAGCGAGGCGUACAAGGCAGAGAACGACUGUCCUGCCAGCGGCUGCACCAACUUCUUUGACUCCUUCUAUUUCAUGGUUGUCACGGUGAGUGCAUGGGCGAGCUCCCUGUCCCGUGAAAGGAUGGCCUUGGCGCAUGGUCGUCACGGUGGGUUCCUGUCUCGUAAAAGCUGGCUCUUGAGUCCACUCAUAACUGCCUCGCCAGUGCCUGCAUCCUCACUGCCUCGCCAGUGCCUGCAUCCUCACUGCCUCGCCAGUGCCUGCAUCCUCACUGCCUCGCCAGUGCCUGCAUCCUCACUGCCUCGCCAGUGCCUGCAUCCUCACUGCCUCGCCAGUGCCUGCAUCCUCACUGCCUCGCCAGUGCCUGCAUCCUCACUGCCUCGCCAGUGCCUGCAUCCUCACUGCCUCGCCAGUGCCUGCAUCCUCACUGCCUCGCCAGUGCCUGCAUCCUCACUGCCUCGCCAGUGCCUGCAUCCUGCUGCAUCACACUUCUUCGCCUCCUUCUGCAUGCUCACCACGGCAAGUCCAUCCGGGGCGACGGUGGGGUACGGGGACGUGACGCCGCACUCAGCAUGGGGGCGCGUGGUGGCCGUGUUCACCAUCUUCGCAGCCCUCACAUACAUCCCGCUGCAGAUCGGCCGCCUCGUUGAACUCGCCUCCAACCGUGACCCCACUCCUUGGCUGUCGGACAAAGGCGCGCGCGCGGACCAAGGCGCGCGCGCGGACCAAGGCGCGCGCCCGGACCAAGGCGCGCGCCCGGACCAAGGCGCGCGCCCGGACCAAGGCGCGCGCCCGGACCAAGGCGCGCGCGCGGACCAAGGCGCGCGCGCGGACCAAGGCGCGCCCGCGGACCAAGGCGCGCCCGCGGACCAAGGCGCGCCCGCGGACCAAGGCGCGCCCGCGGACCAAGGCGCGCGCGCGGACCAAGGCGCGCGCCCGGACCAAGGCGCGCGCCCGGACCAAGUCGCGCGCCCGGACCAAGGCGCGCGCGCGGACCAAGGCACGCGCGCGGACCAAGGCGCGCGCCCGGACCAAGGCGCGCGCCCGGACCAAGGCGCGCGCCCGGGCCAAGGCGCGCGCCCGGGCCAAGGCGCGCGCCCGGGCCAAGGCGCGCGCCCGGACCAAGGCGCGCGCCCGGACGAAGGCGCGCGCGCGCGCCCGGACCAGGGCGCGCGCCCGGACCAAGGCGCGCGCCCGGACCAAGGCGCGCGCCCGGACCAAGGCGCGCGCCCGGACCAAGGCGCGCGCCCGGACCAAGGCGCGCGCGCGGACCAAGGCGCUCGCGCGGACCAAGGCGCGCGCCCGGACCAAGGCGCGCGCCCGGACCAAGGCGCGCGCCCGGACCAAGGCGCGCGCGCGGACCAAGGCGCGCGCCCGGACCAAGGCGCGCGCCCGGACCAAGGCGCGCGCCCGGACCAAGGCGCGCGCCCGGACCAAGGCGCGCGCCCGGACCAAGGCGCGCGCCCGGACCAAGGCGCGCGCCCGGACCAAGGCGCGCGCCCGGACCAAGGCGCGCGCCCGGACCAAGGUGCGCCCCUAAACCAAGGCGCGCCCCCGGACCAAGGCGCGCCCCCGGACCAAGGCGCGCCCCCGGACCAAGGCGCGCGCCCGGACCAAGGCGCGCGCGCGGACCAAGGCGCGAGCCCGGACCCUGGCGCGCGCCCGGACCAAGGCGCGCGCCCGGACCAAGGCGCGCGCCCGGACCAUGGCGCGCGCCCGGACCAAGGCGCGCGCCCGGACCAAGGCGCGCGCCCGGACCAAGGCGCGGGCCCGGACCAAGGCGCGGGCCCGGACCAAGGCGCGGGCCCGGACCAAGGCGCGCGCCCGGACCAAGGCGCGCGCCCGGACCAAGGCGCGCGCCCGGACCAAGGCGCGCGCGCGGACCAAGGCGCGCGCGCGGACCAAGGCGCGCGCCCGGACCAAGGCGCGCGCCCGGACCAAGGCGCGCGCCCGGACCAAGGCGCGCGCCCGGACCAACUCACGCGCCCGGACCAAGGCGCGCGCCCGGACCAAGGCGCGCGCCCGGACCAAGGCGCGCGCCCGGACCAAGGCGCGCGCCCGGACCAAGGCGCGCGCCCGGACCAAGGCGCGCGCCCGGACCAAGGCGCGCGCCCGGACCAAGGCGCGCGCCCGGACCAAGGCGCGCGCCCGGACCAAGGCGCGCGCCCGGACCAAGGCGCGCGCCCGGACCAAGUCGCGCGCCCGGACCUUGGCGCGCGCCCGGACCUUGGCGCGCGCCCGGACCUUGGCGCGCGCGCGGACCUUGGCGCGCGCGCGGACCUUGGCGCGCGCGCGGACCAAGGCGCGCGCGCGGACCUAGGUGCGCGCGCGGACCAAGGCGCGCGCCCGGACCAAGGCGCGCGCCCGGACCAAGGCGCGCCCCCGGACCAAGGCGCGCGCCCGGACCAAGGCGCGCGCCCGGACCAAGGCGCGCGCGCGGACCAAGGCGCGCGCCCGGACCAAGGCGCGCGCCCGGACCAAGGCGCGCGCCCGGACCAAGGCGCGCGCCCGGACCAAGGCGCGCGCCCGGACCAAGGCGCGCGCCCGGACCAAGGCGCGCGCCCGGACCAAGGCGCCCGCCCGGACCAAGGCGCGCGCGCGGACCAAGGCGCGCGCGCGGACCAAGGCGCGCGCGCGGACCAAGGCGCGCGCGCGGACCAAGGCGCGCGCGCGGACCAAGGCGCGCGCGCGGACCAAGGCGCGCGCCCGGACCAAGGCGCGCGCCCGGACCAAGGCGCGCGCCCGGACCAAGGCGCGCGCCCGGACCAAGGCGCGCGCCCGGACCAAGGCGCGCGCCCGGACCAAGGCGCGCGCGCGGACCAAGGCGCGCGCGCGGACCAAGGCGCGCGCCCGGACCAAGGCGCGCGCCCGGACCAAGGCGCGCGCCCGGACCAAGGCGCGCGCCCGGACCAAGGCGCGCGCCCGGACCAAGGCGCGCGCCCGGACCAAGGCGCGCGCCCGGACCAAGGCGCGCGCGCGGACCAAGGCGCGCGCGCGGACCAAGGCGCGCGCCCGGACCAAGGCGCGCGCCCGGACCAAGGCGCGCGCGCGGACCAAGGCGCGCGCCCGGACCAAGGCGCGCGCCCGGACCAAGGCGCGCGCCCGGACCAAGGCGCGCGCCCGGACCAAGGCGCGCGCGCGGACCUAGGCGCGCGCGCGGACCAAGGCGCGCGCCCGGACCAAGGCGCGCGCGUGGACCAAGGCGCGCGCCCGGACCAAGGCGCGCGCCCGGACCAAGGCGCGCGCCCGGACCAAGGCGCGCGCCCGGACCAAGGCGCGCGCCCGGACCAAGGCGCGCGCCCGGACCAAGGCGCGCGCCCGGACCAAGGCGCGCGCCCGGACCAAGGCGCGCGCCCGGACCAAGGCGCGCGCCCGGACCAAGGCGCGCGCCCGGACCAAGGCGCGCGCCCGGACCAAGGCGCGCGCGCGGACCAAGGCGCGCGCCCGGACCAAGGCGCGCGCCCGGACCAAGGCGCGCGCCCGGACCAAGGCGCGCGCCCGGACCAAGGCGCGCGCCCGGACCAAGGCGCGCCCCCGGACCAAGGCGCGCCCCCGGACCAAGGCGCGCGCCCGGACCAAGGCGCGCGCCCGGACCAAGGCGCGCGCCCGGACCAAGGCGCGCGCCCGGACCAAGGCGCGCGCCCGGACCAAGGCGCGCGCCCGGACCAAGGCGCGCGCGCGGACCAAGGCGCGCGCGCGGACCAAGGCGCGCGCGCGGACCAAGGCGCGCGCGCGGACCAUGGCGCGCGCCCGGACCAAGGCGCGCGCCCGGACCAAGGCGCGCGCCCGGACCAAGGCGCGCGCCCGGACCAAGGCGCGCGCCCGGACCAAGGCGCGCGCCCGGACCAAGGCGCGCGCGCGGACCUAGGCGCGCGCGCGGACCAAGGCGCGGUCGCGGACCAAGGCGCGCGCCCGGACCAAGGCGCGCGCCCGGACCAAGGCGCGCGCCCGGACCAAGGCGCGCGCGUGGACCAAGUUGAAGCUGUUGCUUUUAUAUCACUCCUCAUAAAUAUAGAUCCCACGCUAUUGCAAACCCUCACAUGCAUCCUGCUGCAGAUCGCCCUCACAUGCGUCCUGCUGCAUAUCGCCCUCACAUGCAUCCCGCUGCAGAUCGGCUGUCUCGUUGAACUCGCCUCCAACGGCCCCUACGGCUGGUGGCUGUCACGGUACCGCACGGUGGGGGUGCGGUUUGUGGUGAUCUGGGGGGUGUCGUCUGUGGAGUGUGCACGUGACCUGCUCUGCUCCUUCUUCUCGCCUCUGCACAACGGCCGUACCUGCGAGGUACCCGCCGUGAGCACGCUCGUGACGAACCUGUUCUCGUCGGGCCCGCCACUGCCGCCGCUGCGAGCCUCCGCGCACUUGAACGAGUAUACGCAGGGCCAGCAGAUGGAGGCCUUCCCCCUGCUGUUGCCGCCCGCCUUCCACGGCAUGCUGUUUGAAGCGCUGGUGGAGGUGAUCUAUCGUGCGUACCGAGUCAUCCUAUUCGCAGUCGACAUCUGCCUUGAUGAAACGCCAGAUGAAACGCUAGAUGAAACGCCAGAUGAAACGGCAGAUGAAACGGCAGGUGAAAUGCGUCCACCGCAGAGUCUUUCCGGGUCCUCAAAGCCCCUUGCCACCCCAUCCAUCGUGCACUACGGCCCCCGCCUUCACCCCCUCAAGAAAUUCGUCCGCUCCUCCACCCUCCUCCCUGCUGCCUUUGGCGUGAGCAGAGAGGGAAUGCAGGAGGGCGUGCAGGGGGGGGAGCAGGGAGCAGAGGAGGAGACGCACGUAGGAGGUGGGGAUGGGGAUGGUAGGGGGAGAGCAGGAGGGAGAGGGGCAGCAGAUGGUGCCACUGCCAGCUUGAGGAAGAUCUUUCUGUUUCCACGGGGACAUGUGAUUGGUCCGCGGGAUGUGGGGCAUGUGAUAGCGCCGGAUCUUGCUACAGUGGAGCAGAUCUCCCGGGCGGCGCACGCGAUGUCUGCAAGGACGGCGGGCGGCAGCUGGGGCGGCAUGCGCCGGGCAUGUAGUGAAAGGGGGGGAGGGGGGGACGUGGACGAGCGGUUCGAACAAGUUGUUGAGAUUCACGAGGGAGGGGAGGAGAGGGGGGAGAACUGGAAGGAGGUGGAGGAGGCGGAGGAAAUGGAGGAGAAUUGGGGGGAGCAGGAGAGGCGUGGAGGGGAGAGAAAAGGCAGAGAAGGUAAUUCAGGUCAUGACAGCACUGGUGUGCAAUCCACCGCUGCCUCUGCCUCAGGCGAACCUCUUGUGUCGUAUGACUGGGGCCAUGCCACGCCUUUCAAGGUUCCCAAGGGGCGGCCACAGGCUGUCAAGCUUCUGCAAAUGAUGGCAAAAGCAUGUGCCACGUGGGCCCGCGCCUCCAGUGCUGCCUGGUCAGCUGAGGCCAUGCUGACGUGGCGCCAGAUCAGCCUUGAGAGGGCGGUUGAGGGGGCGAGUGGGGAGGAGAGCGCAGAGGGAUUGGUGGAAGAAGGGGAGGAGGAGCAGGUGGAGGAGGAGGAAGAGGAGGAGGAGGAGGCAGUGGGUAGACGAUUGAGUGGGAGUGGAGGAAGCAGGGCGAGCGGAGAGGCUGAGGAGGUUAGGGAAGGUGACGGCAGGAAGAGCAGCAGUGGGAAGAGCAGCAUUGGGAAGAGCAGCGCUGGGAAGAGCAGCGACAGGAGGCGCAGCGUGUGUGAGUGGGUGUCAGAGGAGUCACUAGCUCGCCAGCUGUUCCAAGCCAUGCAUGCCGCUGCUACCCACCGCACCUCCCUCCUCCUCUCCCGCUCUGCCUCCUCCACGACCCGCCACGCCCCGGCCUCCUCUGCCCGUCCCGCCUCUGCCUCGUGGCCCUGUGGGCCCUCGCACGCGCCGCUUGCUCACUCGUCGACCCAGCACGGGAAAGAGGAGAGGCAGAGCGAGGCGGGAGGGGAACAGGAGGGCAGUGAGUACGCUGCAGAGGAGCAGCAGCAGCAGCAGGACGACGACGAUGCCCUCAUGGCCAAGAGCAGGGCCCUGGCCCGGCAGCUAUCCAGACAAGUCUCCUCUCGUGCACUCCCCCGUACCCUCUCCCGCACUCCUUCACGCACUUCCUCCCGUGCUCCUUCCCGUGCUGCCUCCAUCUCCUCCACCCGCUUUGCCUGCCAGCCCUCUGUUGCGUCGUCGUCUCUCAUCUCCGCUCCCCCCGCGCCCCAGCCGCUGUCUCUCGCGGCGUCAAUCAGUGCAGUCCUUGACUGGCCGCCCGCUUGGCCCUCCCGCCGCUCCUCCCUCUCUUCUCGUCGCUCCUCCCUCUCCUCUCACCGCACCCCCUCCCACCGCGCUGCACUCUCCUCUCACCGCGCCUUACCCCCCAUUCACAGCGCGUCACCCCCCUCUCAUGCUUCGGAAGGCGUGACCAGAUGCACUGGCACAGCUGGAUCGAGCAUGGGCGAAGCACGAGUGGGGCCGUCUGGGCACACAAGAGCAGGUCCAUCUAGCCGCACAGAAGCAGGUUCUGAGAACGUGCACGAAGCUGAGGGGGACGAAGCAGGCGUGGGCCCAGCAGCAGGCAUGGAUGCAGCAGCAGCCAGUGUACUGGUCACUGAACCACCUGCACUGCCCGCCCGCCCGCACCCAUCCACGCUGCAGCGCAACCGCAGGAAGAUUGCGGCCCACCUGCAGAGCCGCACACUGGCAGCGUUGGCAGGGGUGCUGCCGCGCGCGCACGUGCUGGUGCUCAUGCAGAGCGACUGCUGGCCGCACUCCCUUCACUACUUUGUCAGCUUCCUUAGAAGGGACGCUGGCGCGUGGGGUGAAGGAGGAGGAGGAGAGGGUGAAGGCGGGUCAUUUAAGGAGGGCGCAGGGGAACAGGAUGAUAUGGAGGGGGGGGAUGAAGGGAGGAGGGAGGGCGCGGAGGGGUGUGUACCGAUCGUGUUUCUACGGCUACACGAGCCGAGUGAGGAGCAGUGGGGGUGUAUGGGGCAUCACCAGCACGUCUACUUCAUCAGAGGCUCGCCCAUCUCCCCCAUGGACCUCAUUCGAGCCGGCGCUCUCUCUGCAGGUGAGCUUCCAGUCGAUUCAAAACUCGUUUCCCUGCAGCUGCAGGAGCCAAGUAAGGAGCAGUGGGCGUGUAUGGGGCACCACCAGCACGUGUACUUCAUCAGAGGCUCGCCCAUCUCCCCCAUGGACCUUCUCCGAGCCGGUGCUCUCUCUGCAGGUGCAUGCUGUGCUCCUGCCCACCCACCUGCCCAGCCUGAUUUUAUAGACGCCUCAAAAACUCGUCUCUAA